CUUGGUACCGUGAGUGACAGACGCCGGUACGAGCAUUCAACUUACGCUCAUCCGGGGAACUACCUCGCGCGAUCUUUGGAAACGACGACGGCUCUUGCUAGAUGUGCGCGUAGGGUCGUCUAGGCCUUUUCACAAAGGUCUGCCAUCUCCGAGAACGUCAUGCCGGAGCUUCCAGAGGUCGAGCGUGCAGCCAAGCUCGUUCGAGAUGUUGCACUCGGCAAUAGGAUCGUCGAUGUAGAAACAAUAGAAGACAACAUAGUCUACUCCGGUACCAGCCACGUGGAAUUUGCUCAAACUAUCAAAGAUCGCCGCGUCACCAAUGUCGGUAGAUAUGGCAAGGUGUUCUACUUGCAACUGGAUGGCGAAGGUAAAAUGCCGGUGCUGCACUUCGGUAUGACUGGUAUGCUGCAGGUGAAGGGCCAAUUGGCAAAGUACUACAGGGAAACACCAAGGACAGCGUCCGCGGAUUGGCCGCCGCGGUUCGUGAAGUUCAUCCUUCACAUCGAAGACUCUGAAACAGGCAAUAUAACACACUUGGCCUUCUUGGACGCUAGACGUCUUGGGCGAAUCCGACUGUGCGCAAACCCUCUUACAGAACCACCCAUCUCCACCCUCGGCUUCGAUCCUAUCUUGUCUAUGCCUGGGCUAGAUUGGUUCAAACAAGCGGUCCUUAAGCGAGGCUGUCCUAUCAAAGCCCUUCUACUGGACCAAUCGUUCAGCGCAGGCGUCGGAAACUGGGUUGCAGACGAGAUUCUCUAUCACGCUCGUGUACAUCCAGAGGAACGCGGCUCUGCCCUGAAUGACGAUCAGCUGAAGGCGUUGUACGCCGAAAUAUCGGAGGUCUGUCGCGUUGCGGUGGAGGCAAACGCGGAUGACUCUAAGUUUCCUGACAACUGGCUGUUCAAGCACCGCUGGGGGAAGGGGAAGAAGAACAAAAUACACGAGCUGAAAUUGCCAGACGGCAGUCCCGCGACUAUCAAAUGGGUCACAGUCGGGGGGCGAACAUCUGCCUACGUCGCCGAGCUUCAGCACCUUGCACACACGGCGCCAGGUUCGGGUUCGGGCUCUCGGACUCGAAGCACACGUAAACACGAUGGGAGCGACGGCGCGAGCGACCUCACUCCUCUGUCAGAAGACGAGGUGAAAGAUGAAUCAAGCAAGCGGGGUGGAAAGCGCAAGUUGGCUACGACGUCUAGGCAUUUCCCUAGAGCAGCAAAGCGCAGGACAAAAGCCACGGACUCCGUACCCAGCGACUGAUAUCUAUAUUGAGGGUCUCACGUUCUCCCAAUUGGAUGACGUACAUCGCGAGAUGAUCUGGUCUUCCGUUCAGGUUCUUGUUCUGUGGUUUUUUCCUUGUACGCUAUGUCCCAGUAAUUCACAGCACAUCUAUUGGUUCAUUUUC